CUACACUGCCACGGAUAUCGGCAGUGAGCGACUUCUGAUUAGAAGCGCUCGCGCACUUCGUUUUGUGCUUUGGCCUCGGCUGCAGGUGCUGCUGUGUACUAUCUGUACAGCGUUAAACACCCGACUAAUAACGAACGCAUACACCGUGCCGAAGAUCCCUAUACCACCAUAGCCAAUAGCUGCACAAUCGAAAGCGCCGCGCUUGUUGACCUUUUCAACGCCUGCUCGUUUCUCAUAAUCAUAAUUCAUCAUUGGUGAACAUACAGCCACACAAAACACCAUAGCAGCUCGCUAAUUGUCACGCGGUGACUGCAACGAGCUUGUUGCUGCUUUUUCUUCGCUUCCCGUUUUUUCUGACGGGGAUCCAAUUCGGCGCAGCACAGCCCCGGCGUGCGGCUGUGUUAACCGCUACCUGAUUAACGCGCCGCCAUGAGCCAACAGAGUGGAAGUAGCGGGAGUAGCGGUAGCGGUAGCGCCGGUAGUGCCGGUAGCAGUGGAACCGGUGUGGUGUCCCGGCGGAGGAUUGUUAUGAGCCAGAGCCAGAAUGCUCUCAAUAAGCUCACUGCCACGGAAGAUAUCGAUGUCGAUGAUACUGAAGUCUGGCACGAUACGGAUACGCUCUUUACCGAUCAUCUGAACGAAGUGUUGGAUAAAUGGGAUAACAUUGACGAUGAGAUCUGGGGCAAGGUCAUCUGUAUGGAGCGGAACCGGCGUGUUGGUAAAGCGUAUUCCAGAGUGCCCAUUCUCACGGUUAAUGGGUCAGCGAAAGGCUUCGACGGGUAUCGCAUCGGACUCAACGGAUUCGAUAAUGCUAAGCGCCAUAAAGAGACGCUGGAAAUUCAGAAGAAAAUUGGAGAGGGUAUCAAACUGAAGAUGGACGAAGAAGGAAAUAUUCAUAUAAAAAAGGUCACAGAUACUCCCAUGUACGUUCGGGGCACAGGGAACACGCUGACAGCUGAUUGUUGUUUGUCCGUGGAUCUGCUGAAACAUCACGGUCAGCUGGAGCCCAACAAAGCUGCCAAGAUUUUCGACAUGAAGCGCUUUACAACCAAUAUUUCUAAUGCCAUGAAGAAGCCCUUUAUCGACCGGAAGAAGUUGGAAAUGCAGUGUGUUGUUAAUAUUCAUUUCGGUGAUGUCCAGAAGUCUCACCUGGAAUCGCCCUGCUGGAUUUUGCUAUUGAACAUUGUCGCCAUGGACAUGCUUCGCAGUCAGAUGCCGGAACUUUAUGCUGAGACCCAUUCAGCGCAAGUGCACGUAAGAACGCCGGUCACAAUGGAGAAUGUCAGUGCGACGCGCUAUAUUUCCACACCACGCGACGAACAUUAUCCGCGUCUCGCACGCGGACAACGGAACAACAAUGUCACCGCCAGCACCAUGGAUUUGUCGCUGGGAUCGGUGCAAGAUUACGGGACGACUGGGUACGCCAAAUCAGUAAAAUCUGGGCAGAACAUGGCACUGCCCAAGAACUACGCCGGGGCAUACCACGCCCAUUACCCUCACUUGCAACUGCCCACUGAAUAUGCUCAAUUUGUACAACGCCAGCCACUACAAAACUAUUCUCAUCUUCCGCACUUUCGGAAGCAGUUUCCCGCAGAUGGAGACUACAAGCGCUGGUCAUCCUUCGCAAAUCUCCAGGCCAUUCCCGGUCAGGGCCCCUCCAACUGGGAAUAAAACUGCCAUAUCUACGUACCAUGAUACUUACAGUAGUAUAUUUCUGUAACUUUCCCGAUCGACUGUAACUGUUCAUUCGGCAUUACACAGGCAUUGUUUUAAACCUUAUUUAUGCGGGCGUUUUCAUGUACAACAUAUUAUAUACCGAACUGACAAUUGAUUUUGUUUAGCGCGCUUAUUGGCUUGACUAUAGUGCUCGGUUGGGUCUUUUUAGAUUGCCUUCUUGCAGUUGGUGAAUUAUCUUGAUGUUUUUAUAGCUGUUUCCUUCAUAGAGCGCUGGAUCUGUAUAAGUAACUGGAAGAACCGCUUUCAUCUAGCCAAUAAAAAUGUCAUU